CCGCACAGCAUUAUUCGCUUCCAGCUCCUCAACGUUCCCGCUUGCCUGCUUGCUUGCUUUGACAACCCGAAGUCACUCACCAUGGCAACCUUCACUAGUUCAGUCGUACUCCACAGCGCGCCAUGCGCCAGAGUAUCUUCUGUCGCGGUGCAGCCCUCUCUGAAGUCGGCAUGCUCUUUUCUGCCAUCCAGAAGAGGCCUCGUUUCGCUUUCCUCACAAGCACAGAAAAGUCUAUCUGCAUCUACGCGAGUCACGAGGCUUCAAGUUCGGGCGGGAGUAGCGGAGAUCACGGAGAGCGAUUUCACAGCGAAGGUGCUUGAGGCGGAAUCUCCAGUGCUGGUGGAUUUCUGCGCCAAGUGGUGCGGCCCGUGCCGACUGAUCGCGCCUGUCAUGGACUGGGCCGCCAAGGAGUACGCGGGGCGGCUGCAGGUGUACAAGAUCGACGUGGACGCGUGUCCGAAGCUGGUGGAGCAGUACAAGGUGUACGGGCUGCCGUCCGUCGUCAUCUUCGACAAGGGCCAGGUCGUGCCCGGCGGUCACAUCGAGGGCGCGCUCACGUCCGCCAAGCUCAAAGGCAUUCUCGAGGCCACGGUGCCUGCGCUUAAAUGAGACGCGCGCCGUGCAACGACUAGGACGCUACACGUGGUUGCUGGGCUGCAACGCACCCUCAGCACCGCUUGCUUGACAACUUGUUUGUCCUUUCCCAUCGUGAGGUUUGAAGGAUGUACCCCUUUCAUUUCAUCUUUGUAUGCAGCCUGUUUGUAUCGUGUUGCGUUAUUUGCAAGUAUGCAUUGCACCUGAGAAGAG